UCCUUGCCUCGACUCGUCGCGUAUACGCCAUAAAUAUACCGUGUUAAAUUGUCUUCUAUUUUACGUACUACGUGGCGCAAGACCUAACUCGUAAAGAGAUAAAAUAUUUAAUCAUAUGACUGGUUUAUUAGUGUUGCUUAUGGUUGUAAAUUCACAAGUUAAUCGCAGUGCAAUCUUAUCGGAAAAUUUAAGUAUUUUCAGAUAUAUCCAUGUCGUCGCCACUGAAAAGCGAAAAUAAUGAACCCUAAAAAUAAGUGACAAGUGAAUCAAAAAUGGUUAAAGUGUAAUAUUGUUUUUAAAAAAUGUCAUAAGGUUUUUAUGUAGAACAUUAUAAAAGUAAAAUCUAGUCAAAAUGGCGACUGACGACCUAAGAAAGAGAAAUUCGGCCGCAUUUGAUACGAACGACUUAGAAAUGGAAAACGCUAAGAAAAAUCAUGAAAUUUCAAACGGAACUAUAACCUUCGAUUACUUGGAGUACGAACCGAGCGGUUGCCUGGAGCUGACUCUAGCGAGGGUCGGCAGCUCUACGGAGGACUUCAUGAAGAAGAACGGUUCAGCCAUGAAGACGAUCUCGAUUUUUAUCCUUAAUGGCUUAGUUAUAGGAUUCUUUUUCGGUUGCCUGUAUUAUUGGCUGAAUUAUAGUAAUGAACCUCUCGAGCUGUGCUACGGUUUCGGCAGUUUGAUAGCAUUCCUGAGCAUUAUAUACUUUUUCGUGAUAUACUUCCUCGUGGUGAAGAGAUUCUUCGGCGCGUGGUUCGAGGCGACCGUGUGGAGUCGGGUCGAGAGCACUUGCUCGCAUCUGUGGAAGAUAAGCCUAUUCAAGUGGAGUUUCUUGUUCGCCAUCGUGGCAGCCAUAGCCGUGUUCCUGUACUUCGACACGAGACACGAGCCCAAGAGACUGAUCUCUCUGCUGGGCCUCUCCGUGCUGGUUAUACUUGGGUUCGUGUUCUCGUCUCACCCCGGGCGCGUGAACUGGCGCAGCGUGGGCGCCGGACUGCUCAUCCAGUUCCUGUUCGGCGUGCUGUUCAUACGCUGGGACACGGGCCGGUACGCACUGCAGUGCUUCUCUGAUAAGGUGGCGACAUUCCUGUCGUACGGAGUGGAAGGCGCGGCGUUUGUUUACGGAGACAUGCUCGUGCGAGAUGAAAAAGUGUUUGCGUUUAGCUCCCUGCCGGUGAUAUUCUUCUUCAGCAUGCUGGUGGAGGUUCUGUUCUUCUGGGGCGCGCUGCAGUGGUUCUGCCUCAAGCUGGGGCGGCUACUGCAGGCCGCCACCGCCACCACCGUCUGCGAGAGUGUCAUCGCCGUGGGGAAUGUGUUCCUGGGAAUGACGGAGUCCAUCCUGCUGGUGAAGCCGUACCUGUCUCUGCUGACGCCGUCGGAGCUGCACGUGGUCAUGUCAUCCGGCUUCGCAACCGUGUCCGGCACGAUCCUCGCGGCCUACAUCAACUUCGGCGCGGAGCCGGCGCACCUGGUGACCGCCAGCGUGAUGUCUGCGCCCGCCGCCAUCUGCUACUCCAAGCUGCUCAUGCCUGAGACGCGCCGCUCGCUCACCUCCGUCGACAACAUACAGCCCGUUGAAAAACAGGACGAGUCAGCGCUGUCGGCAGCGACGCGCGGCGCCACCAACGGCAUCGCGCUGGUGCUGAACAUCAUCGCCAACUUGGUGGCGUUCGUGUCCUUCAUCGCGUUCAUCAACGGCGUGGUGGGCUACUGCGGCGGCCUGCUCGGCAACCCGGAGCUCGACCUGGAGUGGAUCUUCGGCAAGAUCUUCAUACCUCUGUGCUGGAUCAUGGGAGUGCCGUGGGAGGAGUGCGAGCACGUGGGCACGCUCAUCGGGCUGAAGACCAUCGUCAACGAGUUCGUCGCCUACCAGCGCAUGGGCGCCAUGAAGAAGGAGGGCUUGCUAUCGCCUAGAGCGGAGCUGAUAGCGACGUACUCCCUGUGCGGGUUCACCAACCCCGCGUCGGCCGGCAUCAUGAUCGGCGCCAUCUCCUCCAUGGCGGCCAACCAGAGGGAGACCUUGUCUAGUAUCGCCGUGCGCGCUUUCUUCGCCGGCUGUGGGAUUUGCUUCAUGACCGCGUGUAUUGCAGCUCUCCUAAUGCCAGAAGGAUCUUUUGGAUAGUGAUUGUGGAAACACUGCAACAGUGUGAAUAUUAUAUUAAUUAGACUUCUGUGUGUUGAGUGCUUUAAUAAUGAAACCAAGUACUUAUUAAACUGAAUUAUUUAUUAAUUUAUUGACAAUCAAAUACCAUUUUAUACUUGUGUGUAAAUAAGAUGUUAAUUAUUAAGAUACAGUAAGAUAUUAUUAUAAUAAAUUAUAUAUUUAUUUUCUA